AUGACCAUCUCACUGCCAAUCCACGCAAAAGAAGAAGCAAAGCCCGCCGUCAUGUCUUCAGCAUUCGUUCAGCGCCCUGCUCCCGCCUUCAAGGCUACCACCGUCUUUACUGCCGGCGAGUUCAGGGACAUCUCCCUCUCCGACUAUCUCGGCCAAUGGGUCGUCCUCCUCUUCUACCCCAUGGACUUCACCUUCGUCUGCCCCACUGAGAUUAUCCAGUACAACGACGCUCUCGCCCGCUUCCGCGCCAUCAACACCUCCGUCCUCGCCAUCUCCACCGACUCUCACUUCUCCCACUUUGCCUGGCAGCAGCAGCCUCGCAAGCAGGGUGGCCUCGGCCCCGACCUGGAGCUUCCUCUCGUCGCCGACCCUUCCCACUCCAUCUCCCGCAGCUACGGUGUCCUCAUCGAGGAGGAGGGCAUUGCCCUCCGUGGUCUCUUCAUCAUCGACCCCAAGGGCAUCCUCCGCCAGAUCACCAUCAACGAUCUCCCCGUCGGCCGCAACGUCGAGGAGACCAUCCGUCUCAUCGACGCCUUCCAGUUCACCGACGAGCACGGCGAGGUCUGCCCCGCCGGCUGGAUGAAGGGCAGCCAGUCCAUGAAGCCCGACCCCAAGGGCAGCCUGGAGUACUUCGCUGCUGCCAAUGGCGAGGCCAACGGUAACGGCGAGGCCAAUGGCGAGGCUAAUGGCCACAAGCGUGCCCGCGUCGAUUAA